UUGCUUCGCUUUCAUAAAAGCCAUAACUCGCCUCCGCCAUUGCUCCCUCUCCCUCCCUUUUAUAACCUUCCUCUUCCGCCGCGUGCCCGGUUCCGCCGCCACGGCCACAAUCCAUGGCCUCGCGAAACCCUAUCCCCGCCUCCCUCUCCACCCCGCUCCUCUCCGACUCCAUCACGCCCUCCCGCGUCGCCAACGGCCACGCGAACCACCACCACGAGGCCGCCGCGUCGGUAUGCGAGGGAGGAGACCCCUUCGCGUUCCUCUCGGAGGAUCGGCCGCCGCAGCCGCGGGAGGCGUCCCCCGCCGACCCGUUCCGCAACGGGACGCCGUCGUGGGGCGACGCGUACGGGUGGGCCAGGACGCUGCUGCUCUUGCCGGUCGCGGUGGCGCGGCUGGUGCUGUUCGGGCUGGCCAUCGCGAUCGGGUACGCCGCCACGUGGGUGGCGCUGCGCGGGUGGACCGACUCGAGGGAGCGGCCGAGGGAGGGCGCCGGCCCCAUGCCGGCCUGGCGCCGCCGGCUCAUGUGGGUCACGCGGAUCUCCGCGCGCUUCAUCCUCUUCUCUUUCGGGUAUCAUUGGAUCAGAAAGAAAGGAAAGCCUGCGGCUAGGGAACUUGCACCUAUAGUUGUUUCCAAUCAUGUAUCGUACAUAGAUCCCAUAUUCUUCUUCUAUGAAUUGUUCCCCACCAUUGUUUCUUCGGAUUCCCAUGAUGCCAUACCAUUUGUUGGGACAAUCAUAAGAGCAAUGCAGGUUAUAUAUGUUGAUAGAUUCUCUCAAGCUUCAAGGAAGGCAGCUGUGAAUGAAAUAAAGAGAAAGGCGGCUGGCAAUAGCUUUCCGCGAGUCCUGUUGUUUCCUGAAGGCACCACAACAAACGGGAGAUUUCUGAUUUCAUUCCAACAUGGAGCAUUCAUACCUGGCUACCCUGUUCAACCUGUUGUUGUUCGUUAUCCACAUGUGCACUUUGACCAGUCAUGGGGAAAUAUAUCACUAGGGAAGCUCAUGUUCAAGAUGUUCACCCAGUUUCACAAUUUCAUGGAGGUAGAGUACCUCCCUAUUGUUUACCCGCCUGAGAUCAAGCAAGAGAACGCCCUUCAUUUUGCAGAGAAUACCAGCUAUGCUAUGGCACAUGCCCUUAAUGUUUUACCGACGUCUUAUUCAUAUGCUGACUCAAUGAUUAUGGCAAGAGCAGUAGAAGCUGGAAAGGAGAAUUGCUCAAAUUAUAUGGUGGAAAUGGCUUGGGUAAAAGAAGCUUAUGGCGUCAGCACAACAGAAGCAAUGGAACUCUUGGAGCACUUUUUGGCUAUGAAUCCGGACAGCAAUGCGCGUGUUAAAGCACGAGAUUUUUGGGCUCUUUUUGGUCUAGACUGCAGUCCUCUAUGCAAGAAGAUAUUUCACUACUUCGAUUUCGAAAAUAAAGAGUCCAUCACAUUCCGUCAGUUUCUGAUCGGGUGUGCGCACCUCAGAAAGCAGCCCUUGUUUGAGGGUGCGUGUUUAACCGCGUUCGAGAAGUGCAAGGACCCUGAAACAUCUACCAUCUCCCCGGUGCAGCUAGCCGAUGCACUCCGGUCGAGCAUUCUUCCGCCAGCAGAUAUCGCGAUGCCGAAGCUGUUCCAGACGUUUGAUGCUGACGAUAAAAUCAGCAAGGACGAUUUCAUAGCAUGCCUUGCUAGGUUCCCUUUCUUGAUCGCUCUCUUUGCCGCCCGGAUCAACGGGGAAGUUUACAUCGAGAUAGUAUGAUGAUUUAUGGAGCAUGGAGUUGUAAAUGCCCCCUCGGUUUAUUUAGGGGACGAAUGCGACACUCCACAACCCAUUUUAUCGAGACAUACAAAACCCAGCCUGCGAACUGGCUAACCAGUACUGUGCGGCAAUUUUGUUGCUUUUCUUUUGAUGGGUUUUUAUAUAGAUAGUAGGAAUGAUGGGAGUCGGGACACUGGGUCCUGCAUGUAUUACAAAACAAAACAGGAUGUGCACAUAGGAAGCCUGUAAACCUUCUCCCAUGUAACGGAAAUAUUAUCAGUAGAGAAUGGAAGUACUCGAAAUGCAAGCAA